GACGGGAAGUUAUUCGCACUGUCCUACUCUCUGUGAACCGGUCGAGCAGUUUUCUCAGCCGUAUAAACAGGCCGGCUGCUGCUGCUGGUUGUGCCAGAGUGUGUAUUGCAUUACCCAAGGCGGAUGCAGCUCCUCCAUUCGCGUCUGCAUUCAAAAAUUCCACUUCUGCCAGUGAGUGUAGUGUGUGUGCCUAGUUUUAGCACGCAACCGCCUCAAUCGAUAGCAGCGGCUGCGGUGUCCGUAUCUGUCUGCAAAUGUUGCUUACUGCUGAUGCGCCAUCAUCCGGCCAUAUUCUAAAUUUUGACCACCACACGACUAUGCGCGGAUAAUCAUACCCAGGCGAUUUAUUAUUACAGCCACACUGCCCCGCUUCCAUUGUAUUUGCCGAUCCCUUUGAUAUGACAGACCUUACCCAAAUGGACUGGGCGUAAUUUACUGGCCGGCGGUUUUCCAUUGGUUACAUUGGAGCGACAUCCUAAUUUUGAUUGGCGAUUCGGCAGACACAGACCACCAUUCCACACUCACGCCACACUCCACGGUGAUAGCAGGCGCAUUUUUCUCGGGGAUUUGUUGUACCGGAUUGUUAAUUUGUGGAUAAUCGUUAAUCGUGUAUUUCCCUGCAUGGUGCGAGGAUGACCACGGAUCUCGUCAAUCCCAGCCACUGGGCUGGUGAUGGCGUCACCCAGAUAACCACCACACACACCGUUGUAACCAGUAGUGUCAGUGGUGGCGCGGACGGUGAGGAUUAUGACGGGGGACUUAGCUCGGCCAAAGUCUUCGAACGGAUCCGUAUCAAGGCUUUAUCAGACGAACGGGAGAACGUGCAGAAGAAGACCUUCACCAAAUGGGUCAACUCCCAUCUGAUCCGCGUGGGAUGCCGCAUCCACGACCUAUACACGGAUCUACGCGACGGGAAAAUGAUUCUCAAACUUCUGGAAGUGCUCUCUGGAGAGCGAUUGCCGCGUCCGACACGUGGGAAAAUGCGCAUCCACUGUCUGGAGAACGUGGACAAGGCGCUGCAGUUCCUCCGCGAGAAGCACGUGCAUUUAGAGAACCUCGGCUCACACGACAUUGUCGACGGGAAUCCCCGUCUAACGCUCGGACUCAUCUGGACCAUCAUCCUCCGCUUCCAGAUCCAGGACAUCAUUAUCGAAGAGGUGGAGAGCAAGGAGACUAAGUCGGCCAAGGAUGCGCUGCUAUUGUGGUGCCAGAUGAAGACCGCCGGCUACGCCAACGUCAACGUGCGCAACUUCACGACCAGCUGGCGCGACGGUCUGGCCUUCAAUGCCCUAAUCCACCGCCACCGCGAGGACCUUAUCCAAUACGACAAACUGAACAAGAACCAGGCUAUCUACAACCUUAAUAACGCCUUUAACGUCGCCGAGCAGAAACUCGGUCUGGCUAAGCUCAUCGAUGCCGAAGACGUGGCUGUGGAGUAUCCGGACGAGAAGUCGAUUAUCACCUAUGUUGUCACAUACUAUCACUAUUUCAGCAAAAUGCGCGCCGAUACGGUACAUGGGCGCCGCAUUGGCAAGAUCGUGGAUAUGGUGCGCGAUGCUGAUCGGGAAGCCCAGUCGUACGAGAAGCUGACCAGCGAACUGCUGCAGUGGAUCCGCAAGACCAUCGACUCGCUUAACGACCGGCGCUUCGCCAACUCGUUACCGGGUGUCCAGCAGCAACUGGCGCAGUUCAAUACUUACCGCACCGUGGAGAAACCGCCCAAGUUCGUGGAAAAGGGCGAUCUGGAGAUGAAGCUGUUCGCCAUUCAGAGUCGGUUGCGGGCUUUGGAUUUGCGACUUUACGUGCCGCCGCAGGGCCGUCUCAUCGCCGACAUCAACAAGGCAUGGGAAGCACUGGAGCGCGCUGAACACGAACGAGAGUUGGCGCUGCGCGAGGAACUAAUUCGACAAGAAAAGCUGGAGCAACUGGCGGCGCGUUUCGAUCGCAAAGCCGGUAUGCGCGAGACUUGGUUGAGCGAGAACCAACGUUUGGUGGCCCAGGACAACUUUGGGGAUGAUUUGGGAUCGGUGGACGCGGCCAGCAAGAAGCACGAGGCCAUCGAGACCGACAUCUUCGCCUAUGAAGAGCGUGUGCAGGCGGUAAUCUCCGUGGCGGAGGAACUGGAACAAGAAAACUAUCACGACAUUCAGCGCAUCAACACUAGGAAAGACAAUGUCUUACGCUUGUGGAACUAUUUGUUGGAGCUGUUGCGCGCUCGUCGCUCCCGCCUGGACGUGUCCCUGCAACUCCACCAGACCUUCCUGGAAAUGCUGCAGGUCUUGAUCACCAUGGAGGAGCUGAAAUCGCGGCUGGUAUCGGAUGACUACGGCCGCCACCUCCUGGACGUGGAGGAGCUGAUCCAGAAACACGCCCUGCUAGACAACGACAUAGGCGUGGUCGGCGACCGUGUGCGUUCCGUCAACAACACGGCGCGCCGCUUCAUCGAUGAUGAGGGCAUCGGCUUCCAUCCAGUGGAGCCGCAGAUUGUCGUCGACCGCAUGCAGCAGCUAGAGGAUCUCUACACUGAGCUGUGUGAGCUGGCGUUGGAGCGCAAGGACCGACUAGAAGAUUCACGAAAGCUGUGGCAGUUCUUUGCGGAUAUCGCCGAGGAGGAGGCUUGGAUUAAAGAAAAGGAGCAGAUGCUGUCGUCCGCCGAUAUCGGACGCGAUCUGACCUCCAUCAAUCUGCUGCUGACCAAACAAAAGUUAAUGGAAGACGACCUGAACGCCCGCAAAGCGCACCUGAUCGACGUGAUCAAAGUGGGUGAAGAUCUUGUGGGUGACGGGCAUUUCGGCUCCGAACAGAUCCAGGCGCGCAUCAACGACGUCAACGACCGUUGGGAGCACCUGAUGGAACUGUCGGCUUACCGCAAAAAGCGCCUCCUCGAGGCGGUCGAUUAUCACCAGUUCUUUGCCGACGCCGAUGACACGGACACGUGGAUGCUAGAUAUGUUGCGCCUGGUGUCCAGCGACGACAUCGGACGAGAUGAGGGACAUGUGCAGUCUUUGUUGAAGAAGCACCAGGAUGUCAUUGACCAGUUGCAACGAUACGAGCCAAGCAUCCGCACCAUCCAGGAGCAGGCUGCCAAUCUGGGCGAGCAGGAUCGCAAUUCACCGGAAGUGCGACAGCGCGUGGGCGACAUCGCGCACCGCUACGACGAGCUGGUGCGGUUAGCGCGCAUCCGCCAGCAGCGUCUGCUGGAUGCCCUGGACUUUUACAAGCUUUUGACCGACGUUGACGCCACGGAACAGCUGAUCAACGAGAAGGAGCGCAUGUUGGCCACCAUGGGUCCCACGCAGGACAUGGAGGAGGUGGAGGUGAUGAAGCACCGCUUCACCAGUCUGGAGAACGAGAUGGCCAUCAUAAACGAGCGCGUCAAGCAGAUCAACAACGUCAGCGAGCGCCUCCUCAACGUGCCGCAUCCCGACGCGCGUGAGAUCCACUCGCGACGCAACCGGCUGAAUUCCUCAUGGAACGCCCUAGUGGACAGCGUCAAUAAUAAACGCGAUGAAUUGGAGAAGGCGCACGGUUAUCAGACCUUCCGGAUCGAGUGCCAGGAGACGACACGCUGGAUUGAAGAGAAAAUCCGCAUCAUCGAGGAUGCGGAAGACAUUCAAGGCGAUUUGGGCGGCUUAAUGCGCCUGCAACGACGAUUGUCGUUCAUUGAACGGGACAUGGGUCCGAUUCGGGCCAAGAUGGAUUCCAUGUUGGAGGAGGCCACCAAGAUUGAGCGCGAGCGACCGGAGGAGGCUGCGGCCAUCCGUGAGCGGGUAGCUAUAAUGAAGAGCCAGUGGGAGCGGCUGACGGAGCUGAUGGGCGAGCAGGACGCCAAGCUGGGUGAGGCCGGCGAGCUGCAGCAUUUCUUGAGGGAUUUGGACGCCUUCCAGUCCUGGCUGGGACGGACUCAGGUGACUAUUGCUUCGCAAGACGUGCCGGAGGAUCUGGCCGAGACGGAGAAGGCGUUGAAUCUGCACAAGCAGAUGAAGGAGGAGAUUGAGAAUUACGCGGCGGAGUUUAACAAACUGAUGGACAUGGGCCAGCACGUAACGCGCGACCAGCAGGACCCACAGUAUGUGAUGCUGCGGGCGCGCCUCAAGGGCCUGAAGGAGGGCUGGGAGGAGCUGCAGCAGAUGUGGGAGAACCGUCAGCAGCUGCUGUCCCAAGGUCUCAACUACCAGGUCUUCCUGCGAGACGCCAAGCAGGCCGAACAGCUGCUCGGUCAGCAGGAAAACUUCCUCGCCCGCGACGAGUUACCCAGAAAUCUGGAAGAAGCUGAAAAUAUGCUGAAAAGACACGAUGAUUUCAUCACCUCGCUGGAUGUCAACCAAGACAAGAUCCAGCAGAUCAUUAACCAAUCGGAAAGGCUGACCUCCGAAGGCAAUUACGCCUCCGACCGUAUCUUCCGCAAAGCGGAAAACAUCUUGGAACGCUUUAAUGCCAACCGCGACCGCGCCAACAGCAUCGGCCAGAAGCUGCGGGAUGCUCGCCAGUUGCAGCAGUAUCUGCGCGAUGUGGAAGAGCAUCUGGAGUUCAUCAACAAUAAGCGGAUCCAGGUAGAGGACGAGAACUACCGUACGGCCAAGACGGCCCACCAAAAGUGGACGCGCCACCAGGCCUUCGAGGCUGAGGUUGCCGCUAACCGGGCCAAGAACGACGAGCUGCGUGCCGAGGGCGAGGCGCUGAUGCGUGAGAAGCCGCAGUUCGCGCCGGAGAUACAGCGCUCCCUCGACGAGAUGAAUGCGCGUUGGCAGGAACUGGAGGAUGUGACGCGGUCGAAGGGCGAACGGCUGUUCGACGCCAACCGACAGGCCAUCUAUGAACAGACCUGUGAUGACGUGGACAACUGGGUAACGGAGCUGGAAACGCAGAUCCUGACAACCGAGACCGGACAGGAUUUGACGACCGUCAACAUCCUCAUGCAAAAGCAGCAGAUGCUGGAAAACCAGAUGCAGAUGCGCGCCCAGCAGGUGAGCGAGCUGGAGCGCCACGAGGAUAAACUGCAGGAAAUUGUCCCUGAUAAAACGGAGGAGCUCAAGCAGCGCCGUGCCGAAGUCGAAGAAAGGUUCCGGCGUCUGCAGCCCUCGUUGCAGGAGCGCCGGCGUGAGCUGGAGAAGAAGAAAGAGGCCUUCCAGUUUCUGCGGGACAUUGACGACGAGAAGUUCUAUAUCCACCAGAAGAUGCAACAAGCGACUAGCCCCAACGUCGGCAACAACCUUUUCGAGGUGUUGCGGCUGAAGAAGCAGAAUCAGAAUUUGCGCCAAGAAGUUCACAACCACGAGCCUCUUAUUGACGCCAUUGACCGGGUUGGACGCCGGCUCAUCGAUGACCAGCAUCCUGAAAGCGCUCGAUUUAGUGAAUUAUUGCAAGACUUGAGAGCACGGUGGAACGACUUGAAGGACGCGAUUGAGGACCGGGAACGGCGUCUGGAUCUCAGUGAGGCCGCUCAGCAGUACUUCUCGGACGCGAACGAAGUGGAGCAGUGGAUGAGCGAGCAGGAGCUGUAUCUGUUGAGUGACGACCGCGCCAAAGACGAACCCACGGCUCAAAGCAACCUCAAGCGGCAGGAGGCCAUCGAAAUGGCCGUCGCCGAGUACGAGGCCCGCAUCCGCCACCUCAGCGAGGCAGCCGACCGCCUCACUAAGGACGGCAACCCCUUCGCCAACCAGGUGAACGCCCGGCAAGCGCAGAUUGAACGGACGUACGCCGGCUUGAAAGAUCUGUCACGGGACCGACGCAACCGCGUGGGUGAGACGAUGCGGCUAUUCCUGCUGCAGCGUGACAUCGACGAUCUCGAACGGUGGAUUGCCGAGAAGGAGAUCGUAGCCAAUAGCCACGAGCUGGGCCAGGACUUCGAUCACGUAACUAUCCUGCGCGAGCGCUUCGAUCGUUUCUGCGAGGAAACGGAGGCCGUCGGCGUAGAGCGCGUCCGCCUGGCCAACGAGGAGGCCAACCAACUCAUUCGCGCCGGCCACACCGACGCUCCCCUUAUUGCCCAGUGGAAGGAUCGCAUCAAUGAAGGAUGGGAGAACCUGAGGGAAUUGAUGGAGACAAGGAAACAAUUGCUGGCGGCAUCUUACGAGCUGCACAAAUUCUUCUGGGAUUGCAAGGACCUCCUUAGCCGUAUCCACGAGAAGAUGAACUCAAUCGUGGACGACCUGGGUCGCGAUGCCGGUAGUGUAUCGGCACAGCAGCGCAAACAUGCCAGCUUCCAGAACGACCUCGUGCCGCUGGGCCACCAGGUGGAGGGCAUCCAGGAGCGUUCCACCAAACUCCUUAACGCCUACGCCGGCGAUCGUGCCCGCGAAAUCCAGAUGCGCGAGGCCGAGGUGGUCAAUGCCUGGCGCCAUCUGCAGCAAAUGGUCGAGCAGCGACGUCACAAGCUGGCCGAUACCGGCGAUCUAUUCCGGUUUUUCAACAUGGUGCGUGACCUGAUGCUGUGGAUGGAGGACGUGACGCGCACGAUGAACACUUCCGAGAAAGCUCGCGACGUGUCGGGUGUUGAGCUGCUGAUGAACAGCCACCAAUCACUGCGCGCCGAGAUUGACGCCCGCGACAGCAGCUUCGGCGAGUGCAUCGAGCUGGGGAAGGAUCUGCUAGCGCGCAGCCACUACGCUUCCCCCGAGAUCCGCGACAAGCUGGUGCUGUUGACCAACACGCGGCAGGGCAUGGUCAACCGCUGGGAAGAGCGCUGGGAUCAUCUCAAACUGAUCCUCGAAGUGUACCAGUUCGCCCGCGAUGCCGCCGUGGCCGAGGCCUGGCUCAUUGCUCAGGAGCCCUAUCUCUACAGCCAGGAAUUAGGACAUUCGGUACAAGAAGUGGAGAAGAUGAUCAAGCGGCACGAGUCGUUCGAACGAUCAGCCGCCGCUCAGGAUGAGCGCUUCCAGGCACUGACACGCCUCACCACGUUGGAGUUGCGCGAGAUGGCUCGCCGCCGACAGACGGACGGAGAGCGCCGACAGUCUGAGCAGCGCCGACUGGAACAAGCCCGUCAGGAACAGCAGCGACGCGAACGGGAACUCAUCGGCACCCCCACCACAAGCACGGCCGGAGGUGCCGGUGGAUACGGCUCCGGUGGAGCAGGCAGCUACGUGCCCACUACCCACACCCAAGUCACGGAGGUUGAAGGCCCCAUUUCCCCCACACGCGUCACGGUGACGCCCGGACAAUCCUCCCCCGGCACCACCAGCCCGGCGGGUCGCACCAUCACCCCGGGCUCUCCAGCCGGCGGCCACAUGCCCGGGACGUCGGGUACCCUCCCCGCGGUGCAGGAAACGGAUGCGCUGAUUGUGGAGGGUCCACUGUCGCGCAAACACGAGACAACCAGCGGCGGCGGCAAGGCCUCUGAUCGGUCGUGGGUGAGCCUGUAUGCCAUUAUCCGCGGACAGCGCCUGCUGGUUUAUCGCGAUGAAAAGCAUUUCAAAUCGGGUGGACAGACGUACCACAAUGAGCCGGGACUGGAUCUGCGCGGAGCGGAAGCGGCCCCCGUCGAUCACCACGCCAAGAAGUUUGCAUUCCGGGUUGUGCUGGCCGACGGCAGCACUUACCUCUUCGACACCCGCAACGAUGAUGAGCGGGGCAUCUGGGUGGAGACCAUCCAGGCGCAGGGCGGAGAGGGCUCGCCGGAAGGCCGAGCCUCCACCCUGCCGGCGGAGUUGUCGCGCAAAGAGGGCAAACGCAGCAGUCUGCCCUGGCGGAAGAAGUAGACAGACGGACGGAUGGAAUGAACCAAAUUGAUGUGGACUGGCUGUCGUAACCAUCGCGCCGGGCCACACACACUGCCCCUUGCAUCCUUUUUAAUCCCUUCAUUUCCUGUAAUCCAGCUCGGCGCCCAGCUACGCGGCGCAGCACCAUCUUUCUCUUUCGGGUUUUAUCAGCUGAUUGGCGCGCAAGCCGCGCAACUGAAUUUGCAGCGUUUUAUCGGGUGGUUUUUUAGUCGUGUGCCGUGUCUAGUGAAAGUUGUUUUUUUGCCGCCUAUUGGAGGAUUUUUGUCAUUCAAUGAUUAUAUUAUUCUAUAUUUUCGGGGGAAUUUUAAUGGUCAUUUUAUUUUUGUUAUAAUUGAUUGUGUGGAAAUGGUGUUUUUCCUCGGUCGCGGAUGGGAAUGGACGGGGGGUGGGUGGAACGCGGUGCGGAUCCGAUGGAUGGAGGAUAUGACGCGGUGUCUGUUCUCUUCUCUCUCUCCCUAUUCUGCGUUUCUGUGGGUGCAUUUAUCAGUUACGUAGUUGGUUUCGUCGAUUACGUAAUGCGUACCGUUGUGCUGUGGAUGUGUUCCAGUCGUCACACAUCGCAUUUUGCCAUACAGUUGCAUAUUUCUGGUUAUAUCCAUACUUCUAAUUAUUCUGCGUUUGUCGAGCGAUUUCUUGUUUGGAUGAUCCAGCAUAUUUACGGAUGAACCGUGCAGCUUUUUUGUUAUUUUAUCAUAGUUUUGAUUCUGUGCCGCUUUAUAUGGUUUUAUGCAGCAGUCGAAUGUUUUAACGGUUAUUUAAUUGAAAUAUACCGCGAUGCAGCCAAUAAAAUCUCCGCAUUUUUAUUA